AGUGCUGCGUGCCGUCACUUCCGUCGCACUGGCGGGCGCCAAGAUGGACGCCCCGUGGGCUCGGGAGCAGCUCCGGAGGCGUUACCUAUUUCCUUCCGAAGUGGGGCUGGACUGUGAGGACGACGCCAGACCCGAAACCUCCACAGCUGAUGAGAUAAAGGAGAAACCUCUUCCAAGACUUAACAUUCAUUCUGGAUUCUGGAUUCUGGCAUCCAUCGUUGUAACCUAUUACGUUGAUUUCUUUAAAACCUUUAAAGAAAAUUUUCACACUAAUAGCUGGUUUCUCUUCGGCGGGGCCCUGCUGUUUGUCAGCCUGUCCAUCGCCUUUUACUGCAUAGUCUAUCUGGAAUGGUACCGGGGGAUUGAAGAGUACGAUGUCAAGUACCCCAUGCUGGUGCCCAUCACAACCGCAACUUUCAUCGCGGCGGGGAUUUGCUUCAACCUGGCUCUGUGGAAUGUGUGGUCAUUCUUCACUCCCUUACUGCUCUUCACUCAGUUCAUGGGGGUCGUGAUGUUCAUCUCGCUCCUCGGAUGAGUUCCAGACUUAAGAACGUGAGCAUUUAAAGUGAACAAAGCAUCCAGCUUGUGCCAUUGACCUGAAGGAGAAGCCUAGUGUGCACUGGUAUCUGAAGUGAGUGGUUUCCAUGGCAUCUGUGACUUUCUAAACCUGCUGUUGAAAUCUGAAUAAACGAUCUUUCUCUUGGGUGUUCGCAAACAA